CCCACUCGACCCUCCUACUUGUUGCUUGUCCUUGUUGUUGAUAUAUGUUGAUAUUGACUUAAGUUUAAAGUUUUUCUUUAUGUUUUUGCUUGGUCCUAAACAUAAACCAAUUUUUCCUCUCACGGACAGACAGUUGACAGGACACCAUGCCAGGCAUAGCAUUGCGCCGGUGCCAAAUUUGUCGGUCUUCUCUAAACAGACGCUCAAGAGCGGGUCGGCCCUCACAAAAUCCACCUUUGAGGAUUGCUACUGAGAGAGCACACAAAUUACUCGUUUCGCUAAUCGUGAUGGCGAAUCUACCGAUACGGAUUGUUGAAAGCCGACAAUUCAAAACUCUCUUGAAAUUUUUAGCACCCUGGUAUCGGGUGCCUUGCAGAGCAACGAUUGGAAAAGUGAUUGACAAGUUGUACAGCAAAGGCGUGACUUUACUCGCAGAUAAAAUAAAAGAUCAGAGUGUAUGCCUUACGAUGGAUCUUGCAACGGUGCUGCACUCAACUCGACACUUCCUAGUGGUUACUUUGCACUUUAUUGACGAUUCGUCAAACAACUUAAUGUCUGUGUCACUCGCUGUGAAACAAUUGAUGGCGCGGAGCACGGCCCCUGAACUAAUUAACAUAAUUCGACUGAUCCUUCGCGAGUUCGGAUUAAAGAAGAAUCAGAUAAAAAGUACUUGCUCAGACCGUGGGGCCAAUAUCAAAAAAGCAUGUACAGAUUUGUUUGGUGCAAACAAAACUGUCUUCUGUAUAUGCCAUCUAUUAGACAAUGCUGUACAAACCAGUCUCUCGGAAGUCAGGCCAUUGAUGUCUUUCUUGAACGAUGUGAAAUCGGUUGUCGCGUUCAUCAAAAGGAGCACUACUGCAGCAAAUCUGCUGCGGAAGUAUCAAUUAGCUGACGGACGGAUGUACUCAAUGUGCUUAAUGCCCAUCCAGUCUGUGGCUACGAGGUGGAACAGUGUUCUGCAUUGCACUAAAAGAUAUAUUUUGCUCCAUCCUUACAUAAAUAAAGUGCUGCAGGACUCUUCACUGUCGUCUUCUAAUCCACCGCCAGUUAUUCUUCAAGAGUGUAUCAAAACUUUGGAUGAAAUAAUCAAAGUUCUGGAGCCAGUUGAAAACUGUACUCUUACAUUUUCCUCAAGCAAAAACUGGACUGGAAGUUUAGCUGUCAUCGCUUUCAAGAGCUUGGCGCACACGAUUAAGAAUACUAAUGUGACUGAGCCUGUUGCCAAAAAAUUCAAAGAUGCACUGCUCAAGAAUUUGGGCAACCUAAAUGCGCACGUGGAGGACAACAUCUUGUUAGGUGCAGCAAACGUGCUUGAUCCAAGAUUCAAGGGUGCAUCUUUGACAAAAGAACAAUACGCGAAAGCAAUUGGCUUGAUCAAAGUGGACGUGGAGCAGGCUAAGGAAAGAGGAAAUAAUGGUGCUGAUUCAGAAAAUUUACCAUUCCUGGAUGACAGCUGCGAGGAUAUUUUGAUGAGCUAUUUUCAAGCAAAGUCCCCUCUGCCAAAAAGAGCAAGAACUCAAGAUGAAAUCAAUGAGUACCUAAAUAGCCCCCUCGAACCGUAUCAAUGUUCACCAAACGAGUGGUGGGAUCUUCAUGAAUCUGAUUUCCCCAGGCUUUCGGUCAUCUCCAAGAGUUUUCUUAAGAUCCCACCUUCAUCAGUAGCCUCUGAAAGGGUUGUAUCUAGCAUUAACUUGGUAUUAAAAGCUGAAAAAAGUAGGAUGCUCUCUCAACGUUUGGCCAGACUUAUCUUUUUGAGAAACUUGCCUGAAACAUUUUGGCAAGGCCUUAUUUCAUGAAUUGCGUAAUACUUCCAUUCCAUGCUUAACCUAUGAUUAUUAAAUACAACUUAAUCAAAAAUACAUAUUUUUUGGGAUUGUAUUAUUUCGUGGGAUUAUCACCUUCAA